AUGGAGUGGGUCAGAUAUGCUGCUAAUCCUCUUGUUUCGGGAUUUGGCCUUGCUUUCUUUUCUGGAUGCAUAUUUUGGUCAACAGAUGAUCCAGAUGCUCCUCAUGUUCAUCAUCGCAAUUUUCUGAAAGAGCAUGUGGUCUUUAAGGAGGCUAUAGCUAUUAAAGAUCCAUUAGUCCUUUCAAAGAUACAUCAAACAUACCGAGUUGGCUAUCUGAAGGAUGUCAUUUUGCCUCGAAUGUUGGAUGACGCAACAGUUGCAAACCUUAAUUCCAUAAUCCAUGCAAACAAUGCAGUUGUUGUAUCUCUCUUAAAAGAUGAUAGCACCUUCAUUCAGGAUUUGUUUGGAAAGUUGAAGUCGCCUUCCACAUCUGCAGAGUCAAAGAAAAAUUUGGUGCACUUCUUGCAUGAGUUUUGUACUUUGAGUAAGAGCUUGCAAGUGGUCCAGCAACAUCGGCUAUUUAGGGAUCUUGUUAAUGAAGGCAUAUUCGAUAUCAUAGCUGAUGUUUUGCAGAGCCAAGACAAAAAGCUAGUCCUGAUGGGGACAGACAUCCUCAUUCUAUUCUUAAAUCAAGAUUCAAAUCUUCUGCGAUCUUAUGUAAUUCGUCAGGAAGGCCUUGCUUUGUUUGGACUUCUGGUCAAAGGUAUGCUAACAGAUUUUGGGGAUGAAAUGCACUGCCAGUUUCUUGAAAUUCUGCGCAGUCUCAUGGAUUCAUAUGCAUCAGGAACCCAGAGAGAGGCCAUUGUUGAAAUUUUCUACGAGAAGCACCUAAGUCAACUCAUUGAUGCUAUAACAUCAUCCUGCCCGGCAGACGGUGCUGCAGAAACUGUCCGUAACUCGGAGUGCUCUGAUGGAGGAACUGAAAAGCAAAGCAGCGUCAAGCCUGAAAUACUACUAAAUAUCUGUGAUCUCCUAUGUUUUUGUAUUGUGCACCAUCCUUAUAGAAUAAAGUGCAACUUUCUUCUAAAUAAUGUGAUAGAUAAAGUUCUCUUUCUGACACGAAGAAAAGAAAAGUACCUGGUAGUUGCCGCUGUUAGAUUUAUGAGAACUCUUAUUUCGCGCAAUGAUGAGCAUUUGAUGAAUUACAUAGCGAAGCACAAUCUCUUAAAACCAGUGGUUGAUGCUUUUGUUGCUAAUGGAGACCGCUACAAUCUGCUAAACUCAGCUGUUCUUGAGCUUUUUGAGCAUAUUCGUAAGGAUAACUUGAAGAUAUUGCUCAAGUAUUUAGUGGACUCAUUCUGGGAUGAACUGGUCAAGUUUGAAAAGUUGACAUCUAUUCACUCUUUGAAAAUUAAAUAUGAGCAGUCCCUAGAUUGUUCAGGAACCAGAAGUGUUGGCGAUCUGUUAGACGACCCUAGGAAAAGAGUUAAUGAGCGUGGUUUAGAGAAAGAAGAAGAAGAAUAUUUCAAUGAAGACAGUGAUGAAGAAGAUUCUGCGUUUGCCUCUGUGGCCAACGCAAGUAGAGCGCAGGCUCAGCCGGCCUUGCCUAAUGGGUCUGCUCCAAGCCCCUCAUCUGUGAGAUCUGGAGGACUUGUUGAUUAUGAUGACGACGAGGAUGAUGAAGAUUAUAAGCCACCACCUAGGAAGCAAUCUAAUAAUUCUGAUGAAGAUGCGGAGUCUUUUCCGUUGAAACGAAAGCUAUCUCCGAAAGAAGAGCCUGAGCCAAAAAGGUUGCAGCGGAUUGCUAAAGGCUCAAAGUCUCGAGACGGUGUUUUCGCUGCUUUGUGCUCAACCUUAAGUCAAGCAGUUUUGCCCUCUAAAAAGACAGUAAGUACAGCACAAGAUGGUCCAUGCUCAGAUGGAGACAAGAAAUCUGUGGAGUCCAACCAUGAGGAGAAAGGGAAUUCUACUGAUAAUGGGAGUGCUGAUUUGGAUACUCAUGACGACCAAGAACCAACUUGUCCUAAAAGUUUUUCUGAAAGCAUGCACAGUUCUCCAGAUGAUAGGCAGAGGGGAGAUGAUUAUCCGUUAAUACCGCCAAAAUCAUCUCCUGAAAUGGCUGUAAAUGGAUCAUAACUCCUCUUUUGAGACAAUCAUGCCAUUUUUACUCCUACCGUGGUCUACAAGAUAUUGCUUGAGCAUGUGCUUGCUUCAAAUCAGCUCUCUGCACAACUUCGACAUGAGGAACGAGCUAACAAGCGAAUCCAUUGUGGAGUUUCUAAAGUAUUGGUGGAGGGGAGUCUGUACAGUGCCGUUGCAAGCGCGAGAAGAGAUUAGUAUCCCUCUUGGGUUCUCUUUUGUUUAGCAUUUCCUAUUGGUCCUGUAAAACAUUCCAUAGCUAUAGAGUUUUGCUUUCUCCAAUUCUUUGUUUUAUCCCUACCCCAUCUCCAUUCUAACUUUCCUUAGUUAUAUACAAUGCAUAGGGCACCAACUUUUGCCCUUGAAAGGUUAUUCUUCGAUUUCGUGGGCGUAGUGACCAAAUGUUACGUUAGAGAGGUCAGUACUGCUUGAGGCCAAGUUUUCUAUUUCGAUGUUGUCUAAUUUAUACGGAAUUGUAUAUUAAAAUUGUGGACAAUCAA